CUGGCGGCGCGGGGCCGGGAAGCAGGAGGCGGAGGGGUGGCGGCUCCCGGCGGGGUGGGCGCCUCCACCGGCCCGCACUUGGCGAGCCCGAGGGGUCCUGCUGCCGCAGGAACUCCGUGCCUGCGAGGCCGCUCGCUCGCCCUGUCACGUUCAAGCUGGUCCCGCAGCGCGGGCGAGGUGGCGGGGAGGGCUCGGCGGCGUUCCCCGGGCCGCCGAGGUUCAAGGAUUAUGUUGGCCUAGGUGGAAGGAGUGUUCUUCAUCAGUGACUUGGACUGUUUCAAGCAUUUUUAUGUGCACAGGAGCUAAGAUGGAUGAAAUGUUUCAUUGGCCAUAGCAUCAGCAGGAUGUAUAAGGAACAUUGUCGUAACUGUUAAAGRGCAUAAUGCAGAAUCCGUUAACAGUUUCUGCAGGUGGUGUUUUUUUGCAUGCUAAUCCUGCAGAGAAACAUUGUGUCCAACAAAGUAUGCUGGGUCAGCAAAAGCAAGAAACUUGUGCUGGAAAGACUGUAUCCACAGAUAAACAGAAAUCCCCUUCGGAUAUAAUACAAAGUUUCMAGAAGAAAAGUCAGUUUAGGACCAUUGCUCCAAAAAUGGUACCGAAAAUGUUAACAUCCGGAGUGGUUUCUUGUCUUCAGUCAUCUUUGCCUGAGCCAAUUACAUCAAUUACAGCUUCAGGUUCUAAGCCACUGGUGAUGCCAGCUCAGAACUACGCUGUCAUGCAGGUGGCUGCUCACAAGGGGACAUUUUCCCUGUUGGCUGUGCCCUGUGUUGCACCUGCCCUAACGCAGCAGGUCCAGCGCUCAUCUGUGGCCCCUUCUGAAAACCUGAAGCUUCCCAUCCCUAGGUACCAAUCUGUAAGAAAGAAAUUGCUGAGUGACAAGAAAAGAACACAARUCUCUGGUUUGAGUGCACGCAAAAAGAUUCCUACCAAAGCAUUGAUCUCAUCACAGACUUCCCCCAUGACUACUCUAACUGAAGACUGUCCUGAAGCUCAUUCCAGUUCAGAUUCAGCUGAGCAAGGGAUGCUAACAGACUGUGACUCAGCUGAAAUUGGAGUUGCCACAUCAGUAAAUAAAAGCAAUUGUGUGGAAUCUGGAUCUUCUUCAAUGAACAAAACUGAAAUUGCUAGCAAUAAUAUUUCUGGACCAUCUGUAGUUGAAGACCCUCUAUCCAAGCCAGCAAGUGCAACUAAUCCCAAGAAAAGAAGUCUACGCUCUGUGAAGACAGCAUCGGAAACUUCAAGAGAGUCACUCCUGACAUCUGAGAAACUAAAGGAAAAACCCACAAGUUCUGCAAAUCCUGUUGCUGUCUUGUCACCAGCAGUUUUCGGCAGUACAAUUCAGAUGACUCCAUCAGCACCAAAAGGAAAACUUCCUAUUUUGCCUUACUCAAGGAUGAAAAAUUCGGUGUUCUGUAAAUCUAAACAGAACACUAAUGUUACAGAUAUAUCUGGUCAUUCACUAAAAUCUGAAUGUGAAAAGAUACCAGCUUUGAUGAAAACCAAAGCCUUUGAUAAGCAAUUAGCCAUGUCAAUUACACAAGUCCCCAGACAAACCAUUCGAGAAAAUACCUUGUCUCCAUCCAGUAAAGUGGAUGUCGACAGUCUUAAAAAAUUGAACAGUGCAACCUCUAAAAGAAGAGGUAGAAAAAAAAGAGCCCCRGAUGAUUUAUUGGCUUUUCAGGCCAAGCGAAGGAAAUGCAUCAUUAAUAAAUUUAGAGAAGGAAGAGAGAGGGCGAAGGUUGAUCCUCAGGCACCUAAAGACAAUAAAGCAGAAACAGUAAAAAAAUACCGUAGUAUCAGACCAAAACCAGUGGUGGUUGUGCAGGCGCUUGCGCCGCUGCCUCCUGCAGCAAUCGCGGGGACACUGUCUGAUGACCACUUCCAGCAAGACUCAUUUUUAAAUGGUUCACUCAGCAAUAAAUGUUUAAGUUCCAAGCACAGUGAUGGUCCAUCAGCUAAAUCAAGUGAUCUAAGUAGAAAUAUGUGUUCGGGCAUCCCUAAGCCGCUGCACAGAUGUCAUGUUUGCAGCCAUACGUUCCAGUUUAAGCACCAUCUCCAGGACCACAUGAACACGCACACGAGCAGGCGGCCAUACAGCUGCAGGAUCUGCCGGAAGGCRUACAUCCAUUCUGGGAGCCUGAGCACCCACAUGAAGCUUCAUCACAAUGAAGGCAAACCCAAAAAGCUGGUGUGCUGUGAAUUCUGUGCCAAAGUUUUUGGCCAUGCGAAAGUGUAUUUUGGCCACCUCAGAGAAGUGCACAGGGUUGUUAUCAGCACAGACCAUUCUACCAGCGAGCAAGAGGUGCAAGAUACUUCAAAGAAGAGAGGCAGGAAUAUAAAAGAAGCAGGAGAAACUACAGAGAGGGGAAAUAAGUGCAAUUUUGAAGACCUAUUCCAUAACCCGGGAGGAGUGAAAUUACAGGUCAAAUGUGGUCGAUGCCAGUUUAUUGCACAGUCUUUUGGUGAAAUGAAGUUUCACUUAUUGUGCUGUCAUGGAGAAGAGAUUCAGGGAAGAGUGAAGGAAGGGGUUUUGCCAGGAAGCAGAGGAGCGAAGGAGGAGCUGGUCAAACACACAGCCCACCCGUGGAAACAGCGCAGCGAGAGAAGGCAUUCAGCAAAGUGCAGCGCCCGUCAGGARGAGCCGUGUGCUUUUCCAAAACUGAAGAAACAGAUAUACUUCCACCAUCAAAAUAACGUCCGUAUUUUACCUAAAAGUGAGCCGACUCAGUCAGGAAGCGACGAAGCCUCCAAGGUGAUGCAAAAUGUGAGGUUURGCACACCAAGCAAAAAAAUGGAAUUUUGGUCUAAAGCAGGCUAUAACUGCAUUUUAUGCAAACAGUUAUUUGGAAGAAAAGAGGAUCUUUGUAAUCAUUGGAAGAGUCAUCAUAAUUGUGAAGACCCUUCCACUUUAUGGACAAUUUUUACUUUGGUAUCAAAACAAGGAAUUAUUGAACUUCCUGAUAAUGCUGACUAUUGAGGCUCAAUUCUACAAUGCUAUGAAAAACAUUAACUACCUUACCAAAUUGUUUUUUCACUGUCUUGUGAAACUAACUCAACAGAUGUAUAAUUUCAAAGGUUUGUUAGUUGGGUUUGUUGGGGAUUUAAAAAAAAAUUAUACUAACCUUUUUUGAUGACUAAAAAUGUACUUAUUCAGUAUGAUUCCAGAUGGGUACAUGGAAGCUGAUUAUGAAUCAUUGUACUUAAAAAUCAUGCUUAAGCAACUUAAUAACAGCAAAUACUCAAUACUAAUGGUUAACGUCAAGGAAAAAGAUUUGCAAAUUAAAUUAUACUGUACACACAGAAAUGAAUCAAUUUAUAUUAAAUAAUCUCUAUCUUGAAUGAAAUUACAAACUUGACUGGAAGUCAGAUCCCARCUAUGCUUCCAGAUUUUGUGGUAAACGCAUAUUUCCAUGCAGUUCUCUUGAUCAUUGGAAUGUGCGCUUAUGCCGUUGGCAUUCAGGAGCUCUAUAACCUAUAAUUUAAGAACUUUUAAUUCUCGUUUUCUAGAUUUCAAUGUUUUCAGCUGUGUUCAUUGCUUGCAGUUCUUUUUGUUGUUCUGGCCUGGUAACAGCAAAAAUCUUUGCAUUUUAGAAGUGAAAAUUGUACACGUAUUUAUUUGCCUGUAGCUUUUUGGGUUGAAGGUGAGUUGCCGCCCAUUAAGAUGGAGCCCAGCACAUCUCCAGCARGUCCUGUCCAGCUGUAAGGGGUGGAGUUCUGGAGCUCAGUUUUAAUGGAAAGGUCAUUGAAACCGUUGAAUCUAGUUUGAAUUUGGUGUUUAAACUUCUUAAAGUCUUAUGUAMCUCUGAAUUAUUUUGUGAGCAAUAAUGGAGGCAGUCUAAGAAAUCAUAACAUCACUCUCCAACAGAAGUCAGAGCACAUCAGAGGGCAAGCUGAAAAAUAUUCCAGUACUGUCCCUACAGUACUACUCUAUUCAUUCCUUCUUGUGGUCAGCUGUAAUUGAGGGGUUGCAAUGAUGAAAGAGUCAUUCCGAAAAUGGCCUGGGUCGCCUCUCAGUGUUUUGCAAAAAUUACAGUGAUGAAAACRUGAGCAAAGAUCUAAAAAUGUUGGGCUUUCUGAGUGGGAUUCCAGAAGCUGUUGCAAUAUUUUGUUUAUGUGUUUUGUUUUUAAACAGUAAAGGCAAUUUUGAUGACCUAAUAGUUUYGAAUGCAAUUUCUUGUUGUGUGCUGCUGUGCCCUGAAGCUGAACUAUAAGGCAGGAAUCAAAAAUAAUAAAAGACAAAAAGAAAAYGCUCACAGAACUGUACAGGUGCCCGGUAACGUAGAAGAAUUCCCAUGGAUUUUCAAAAUUUCCUUCCUACUAUCUGUUGCUAUAAAUUAAUAUUUGUGACUGUUUCUUUGCUUUCAGUUAUUGGAGUUGUUUUUAUUCUGAAUUAUCUUAAAAGUAAUACUUGUUCUUAUUCUUGACACAUUCAUCUUUUAAUGCCUACAAUAUAUUCAUAUUUAUUUUCACUGGMAUAUUUUGAAAGUAAUAGCUAUUUUUAAAGUCAGUGUUUCAUAUCAGACUGAGGCUGKAUUUGAGUUAGUAGAGUGUGCUGCAUUUAGCAGCGCUUUUUACCC